AUGAUACUGCACCUCCGUAUUGUCAUUACCAGAGAAACUAGACGAGACCUCGUGGGCAGAGAGGGCCUUGUUUUCCUGAAAAUGAGACCUGACCGAUGAGGUUGGCCACAUUCUGUCUCAGAUCCCGUGGUCAGUCACAAGCUGCUGACAGUCAGCUCUGCAGUUCGCUGACUCUGCAUUAAUUUCCACAUCACAGAGCUAAGCGAGAGUCACUGACUGCCAGACUGUGCCAGCGACAGGUGUGCAAGCUGAGAGAGUGCCAAGGAUCGGAUAGAUUGGAGAGCACACCUUUUGCCAAGUGCUCCUCUCCGCCCUUAACAUCCAGCUGCACCCAGUCGCUCUCCAUUACUGAUUAAUCCCAAACUCUCCAUUCUCUGUGAUUUACACCCUCUGUCCUGUACAGCUUGGAUCUGCUUGUUUUACCUUUUUAAAUUUUCCCACCCUUCACCUGUAUUCGCUUAUUUCCUGCUCUACCCCAAAACUGAACCCUGUGCUCUACUGCCCCCACUUACCUGCAUCCUGAUCUCUCCUGCCCCCACCUUAACUCACACCCCUGUCUGUCCUUUAUCCACCCAAACUUACCCCCCAUCCUACCUGCCAUCUCACCUGCAUGCUUUAUCUCCUAUGCCAAUCUUACCUGCACCCCAUCUCUCCUGCACACAGUUUAGUUUUUACCCCAUUUCUGCUACUCCCACCCCAACCUGCUACCACUUUGAUUUUUGACCCAUAGUUUCCUCUAUUCCAAUCACUCAUUCCCCCAAAUCUCACCCCAUCUGUUUCAUUCCCUUUUACCCCUUCUGUUCCUACAAUCAUGUUUCCUUCAUUGUACUACCUGGUCCCAGUAUUGGGGGGCUAUGCUGUCACCUCAUAUUAUCUGCUGAAAAACCCCCAUAUCCUGCACAAGAAAAAGAGGCUUCCCUUCUACUGCCGACACAUUUCUCACCGUGGGGGAGCUGGGGAGAGAAUUGAAAAUACUCUGGAAGCCUUUGACAACGCUGUGGCCAAUCAGACUCACCUCCUGGAGUUAGACUGUCAGCUGACCAAGGAUGGCCAGGUCGUGGUGUCACAUGACCAGAACUUAAACAGACAGACUGGACAUGAUGUCAACAUCCGUGAUGUCACAUAUCGGGAGCUGCCUCUGUACAAAAAUACCUUGGAGGUCACCUUCUUUCCAGGUCAUGUCUCGUCCGGCAGUGACCAACGGAUGCCCCUCCUGGAGGAAGUGUUCCAGAGAUAUCCAGAUAUGCCGAUCAAUGUGGAGAUCAAGGAGGAUAACAAUGAGCUUAUUAAAAAGGUGUCUGACUUGGUCAGACGGUACCACCGCACGAACAUGACAAUCUGGGCCAGUAUGAGCGACCGCAUUAUGAAGAAAUGCCAGGCUGAGAAUCCAGACAUGCCAAUCAUGUUCACACCGCGCAGGGGGCUGAUCCUACUGCUUCUCUACUACACCGGCCUGCUCCCUUUCGUGCCUCUACGAGAGUCUGUUGUGGAAACCUAUAUGCCGUCUCUUAUAAACAGGACCUAUUUCCCUCACAACCGGCUAAUGAGCAAUCCUUUUCUGGUUUCGCUACAAGAUAAGCUUUUUAUGCAAAAAGGUUUAUUCCAGCAUCUAAAAGACAGAGGGAUCCAGGUUUACCUCUGGGUUCUGAAUCAGGACUCUGAUUAUCAGAGAGCUUUAGACUAUGGGGUAACAGGGAUCAUGACUGAUUUCCCCUCCAAAUUAAAAGCUUUCCUGCAGCGAUAUGAGGAGGAGCAGAGAACGAGAGGGGGGAUGCAGCAUGAUGUUACAGGAGAUGGAGUGCAGAGAAACAGACACUAAGGUGCCAAGGAAUGGAAAAUAAAUUACAGUCAAUUAAAAAUAAUCUGUUAAGAAUGUCAAAAUGCUUAAUAAAGCAAUAUAAUUUUGUAGUAAAA